AUGUCUGCACCAGCUAAUAAUGAGAAAACGAAGGUGGCAGUUUCAAGUAAAGUCACGACAGAAGCACCGAAUUAUGCUGUCCGCGUCAAAAAGUACUCACUUUUCAAUAUCUGGGUGAUUUCCUUGACUUUGAAAGUGCUAUUAGUUAUUGGUUAUCAUUCUACAGACUUUGACGUUCACAGAAACUGGCUCGCUAUAACGAACAAAUUGCCUGUAUCCGAAUGGUACCUUGAAAAGACUUCUCAAUGGACUUUGGACUAUCCUCCAUUCUUUGCCUACUUUGAAUGGAUCUUAUCGCAGUUCAUACCCAAGUUUGUUAGAGAUGAUGGCUGCUUGGAUGUUGUAGAAGUAGGCAACUACGGCAUGCCCACAGUGUAUUUCCAGCGUUUGACAGUCAUUGUGAGUGAAAUCGUGUUGUUUCUCUCAUUGCAAUGGUAUAUGGAUUCUUCCAAAACUCACGAUUCGUCACGGAGAUCCUUUGUAGCUGCAGCAAGUCUUUCUUUGUCGCCAGGGAUUUUGAUCAUCGACCAUAUCCAUUUCCAAUAUAAUGGACUCUUGUACGGAUUUCUAGUUUUAGCUAUAGUUAGCGCCAAACUAGAAAAGUACUUGAUGUGCGGGUUCUGGUUUGCUCUUCUUCUCUGCUUCAAGCACAUCUACUUAUACUUGGCUCCUGCAGUAUUCAUCUACCUUCUUCGUGCUUAUUGUUUGAAUCUCGAGUUCAAUUCGAAGAAGUCUGCUCUCAAUAACAUCUUGGGCUUAGUCAAAUGGGGCAACCUUUUGACACUUGGAUCAGUAGUCAUAGCUGUAUUUGUAGUAGCAUUUGGACCUUUCGUGUACUACAACGAAAUCCCAGAUGUCUUGUCUAGGUUGUUUCCAUUCAGUAGAGGAUUGACACAUGCUUAUUGGGCACCUAAUGUUUGGGCUAUAUACUCUUUCUUUGACAGAUUGUUGAUCCAGGUGUAUAACAGAAUUCCUUUAAGUCAGUUCCCACUCCAAAAGAUAUUCCAGUUCGAUCCCAAGUUACUCAAAGAUUCCAAAUUGGUCAACUCGUCUACUAGAGGAAUUGUUGGAGAUAUAGAAUUUUUGAUUCUUCCUACUAUAACUCCGAAACUAACAUUUUUGCUCACAUUGUUCUACCAAAUCAUGGCAUUGAUUCCACUUUUCCUCCAACCAAACUUCAGAAGAUUUGUAGGAGCAUUAACUUUAUGUGGAUACUCGUCCUUCUUGUUUGGCUGGCACGUUCAUGAGAAAGCAAUCUUAAUUGUAAUUUUCCCAAUGACUUUUCUUGUAAGUCAAGACAAGAGGUUACUUGGCCCUUUCAAUUUGCUUGUGACUUGUGGGUACGUAUCAUUGUUUCCAUUAAUAUUCACGUGCAAUGAAUGGUUGGUAAAAGUUGUGUUCACCUUGUUAUGGUAUAUCAUUUUCCAUUUCAACUUCAGAAAAGUAGUAAGAUUACCAAAGAAGUUAGAAGGUCAAAGUGGAAUUAUAGUUGACAGAGUAAUCAAUCUUUACAUCUUGGGUUUGAUCCCAAUGAUGACAAUAACUACAUUGAUGGACAUAUUUGAACACAAAUUUGAAAUCUUAAAAAAACUCGAAUUCUUGAAGCUCAUGAUUUACAGUGUCUACUGUGGAAUUGGAAUUAUCAGUAGUUGGAAUGGCUUCAGCUGGCUAUACUUUUUGGACGAAGCCAUAUGGGAUAUUGAGGCUUAG